AUGACAAGCCGGCUUUUGAAACUACCAUUUGAUGAUAAAUUUGAGGCGUAUGCACGACAGACAAUCGGACAAGCAAACAAAUGGGCAAGCGGACAAACGGACAAACGGACAAACGGACAAACGAACAAGCGGACAAAUGAGCAAGCGGACAAAAAGACAAACGGACAAACAGACAAACGGACAAACGGACAAACGGACAAACGGACAAACGGACAAACGGACAAACGGACAAACGGACAAACGGACAAACGGAUAAAAGGACAAACGGACAAGCGGAUAAGCGGACAUGGGCAUUGCAUAUUACGCGGCAUUGCUUGA